CCCAGCGGUUGGCAAGUGUUCCACAGCCAUUGCUACUACUUUAUGACUGAGAGCUUGACUUGGCAUCAGGCACAGUACAUCUGUGCCAUGUACGAGUCCACUCUGGUCUCCGUCCGCAGCACAGAGGAGGUCGAUUUUCUCCAACAGCUCAUCAGCAGUUACGGGCAUGAAAAUGUCUGGCUGGGUGGAAGGUCUGUAGAGGACCAGUUUUUAUGGCCUGACAGUUCUUGGUUUGAUGAGUCCCAAGACGGCAGCGAUACCUGUUUAACACUCAAUGCGUACUUGGGAUUGAGACAAUUCCCGUGUGACUUUGAUGGAUUUCCCACCAUCUGUGUAAAAGGCUGCAGUGACUCACAAGCACGUGUGUGUCCUCAUGGCUGGACAGAGUUCCAAGGACGCUGUUAUCACUAUGUGGCGGAAAGACGGAGCUGGCAUGAAGCUGAUACAAACUGUAACAUUUUUGAUGCCAGCUUGGUGUCCGUCCACAGCCCUCAGGAGUACGCCUUCCUCUAUCAGCUCAGUGGCAAACGAAGGGGAGGAGCCUGGCUGGCGGGAUUCAACCUUGAGGACCAGUGGCUGUGGCUCGAUGGUUCAUGGUUCAAUGAGGGCGGCUUCGCUCACGUGUCUCCAGUCAGCACAUUCUCGUGUCUUUUGAUUUACAAUGCAGAUGGUUGGAGCAACUGCAACUGUGAUGAAUUCUUACCUUCAGUUUGUGUGAAAGACAAAAAAUAAAUCUCCAGCCUACAGAGGGAAGACGCCUGACAUCUGACCAUAUAUCAACGAUAUACACGUCUAAACCAACGAUAUAUACACGUCUACACCAACGAUAUGCACGUCUAAACCAACGAUAUGCACGUCUACACCAACGAUAUGCACGUCUACUCCAACGAUAUGCACGUCUACUCCAACAAUAUGCACGUCUAAACCAACGAUAUGCACGUCUACACCAACGAUAUGCACGUCUAAACCAACGAUAUGCACGUCUAAACCAACGAUAUGCACGUCUACACCAACGAUAUGCACGUCUACACCAACGAUAUGCACGUCUACACCAACGAUAUGCACGUCUAAACCAACGAUAUGCACGUCUACACCAACGAUAUACACGUCUAAACCAGCGAUAUACACGUCUACACCAACGAUAAGCACAUCUACACCAACGAUAUGCACGUCUACACCAA